AUGGCAGACUCCCAAGUAGGAAAUAUCGUGAAUGAAAUACUGAGGGUGGAAACAAUUGAAGAAGCCUUUAGUUGUUUUCUGGUAUAUAAACCGGAGCAAGAGAAUGAAUGCUUAUCUAUGUAUCAAAAGAAACUUUGUGCAGUUAUGACUACUCUAAGUGCAGACUUGCAAGAGUCUGCCAUUCGUCAGUACCUUACACUAACAGCAGUUUUGACUAACAGAUAUAAGAUGAAGCAGUUACUUACUCUACUUGAAAACUUAGUCAACACCAAUAUUUUGCAAGCACGCAUGCUUUGUGAUUGUAUAUUAACAAGCGAAAAACUUGUUUACCAAAAUGCUGACUAUUGGAUACAAUCUUUUAAUUUAAUCAGAAGAAUUAUUGGAGGUGUUGAUUACAAAGGAGUCAGAGAGAUCAUGAAAGGUUGCAGAGAAAAAGCCUUUACAUUACCAGUAAGGCUAAACUCUAGUACAAUGCCACAACUGAAAGCUUUGUACAAUGUGAUUGAAUACAUAUUUGAUCGAAAUGCAUCAUUAUUGCCUGCAUAUUUUAUUGUGACAGAAAUUCACAAAGAUUAUCCUGAUAAUAAUCACUGGCCACAUUGGCAAUUGGCAAAUCUUUUAACAAGUUUUGUAGAAAGUUUUAAGCCCUGUGCUCAAAUGGUUUCUGUGAUUGGCCACUCACAUAUGUUGCCUGUUGUUGAGUUUUCCGGUUAUGCAGACCAUCUUGUGAAUCCAUGGCGUUUAGAUCCUAUUACUUUGAAAUUCUCAUUAAGAGGAAAUUUACCAUAUGAUGAUGAACUACUGAAACCACAAAUCGCUUUGUUACGACAUGUGUUGCAGCAGCCCUAUUCUAGAGAUAUGAUGUGUUCUAUGCUAGGUCUCCAAAAACAACAUAAACAGCGUUGUAUAGCUUUGGAAGAUCAGUUAGUGGAACUGAUGAUUUUACCAAUGGAAAAAAGUGAGCAAGAAAAUGAAGAUGAUGAAAUGUCCUCCACACACUGGUGUUGGCUUCACCUGUCUUCUCAAGUUAUUUAUUUAAUUCUUAUUGGGUUCGCUUCAUUCCCGAAUAUAGUGAUGGGUCUCCACAAUAAACUUAUUGGACAAGAUAUGAAGAAAGGAAGAGAUCACUUGAUGUGGGUACUUUUACAAUUUAUUUCAGGAAGCAUACAACGCAAUCCCCUUUCUAAUUUCCUUCCAAUAAUUAAAUUAUAUGAAUUGCUGUAUCCUGAAAAAGAGCCACUACUUGUACCUGAUUGUACUAAAGCUCAUUGCACACAUCAAAUGGCUGUUGUAUGCAUUUGGGCACAUUUGUUAAAGAAAGCAGAAACUGAACACAAGACAAUGACUAUACCACAGAAUUUGAAAGUCCAGUAUGAGUUUCUUCAACAUUUAAUGACUUCUAACAACACACCAACAAUAAUGGGUUCUGACUAUCGUAUAGCUCUCCUUUGUAACGCCUAUUCAACUAAUCAGGAAUAUUAUGCAAGGCCAAUGGGUAUUAUGAUAGAAAGUCUUUUUGGAAGCCAAAAAGCUCUACCUAAUGGUAACCCUGCUACACCAUUGCCUACAGUUCCCUUGUCUAUGUGUAUUCUAGACAGUUUAACAUUGCAUUGUAAAAUGUCACUGAUACACUCAAUUGUGACUCAUGUUGCAAAACUAGCACAGAAUAAAACAAAUAUGCCAGGCAGUAGUAUGAUGUCUCCAGCUUUAGUAGAAACUUACAGUCGUCUACUUGUUUACACAGAAAUAGAAUCAUUAGGAAUAAAAGGGUUUAUAAAUCAACUGUUACCAAACGUUUUCAAAUCUCACGCAUGGGGAAUAUUACACAAUUUAUUAGAUAUGUUUUCAUACAGAAUUCAUCACAUACAAUCAGGGUACAGGGUAACCCUUCUCUCUAACAUACAUUCGUUGGUUGCAUAUCCUCAAGCUAAUCAAACACAAUUGCAGUUAUGUUUUGAAAGUACAGCCCUGCGUCUCAUAACAGGAUUGGGAAGUUCAGGUGUCCAACUUCAAAUGUCAAAAGUAGUUUCCGAACCGAAAUCUUUAGUUUCAUCGGAAAGUGAAGAAUUAAACAGAGUUUUAGUUCUGACCCUGGCGCGUGGUAUAUACAUGACUGGUGCAGGUAGUGAUGGUGCUGCGGUCAAAGAACUUCUGACGACGAUCAUGACUAAUACGCCUCACAUGUGGUCUCAGCACACGUUGCAAUGUUUCCCACCAGUACUUGUCGAGUUUUUUGCGCAAAAUCCAGCUCCUAAAGAAAAUAAGCAGUUACUAAAAAAAUCGGUGGACGAAGAAUAUCGUAAAUGGACAUCGAUGGCUAACGAUGCCGAUAUAAUAUCACAUUUCUCGGUGCCAGGAACUCCACUUUUCCUUUGUCUCUUAUGGAAGAUGAUAUUCGAGACGAAUAGAAUUAAUCCGAUUGCGUUUAAGAUUUUGGAAAGGAUCGGUGCACGAGCGUUGUCUGCACAUCUGCGCAAGUUCUGUGACUAUUUAGUAUUCGAGGUGACCAAUCCGGCGGGCGGACCGCACAUAAACAAGUGUGUAGAUGCCAUCAAUGAUAUCAUAUGGAAGUACAAUAUCGUCACAAUCGACAGACUCGUCUUGUGCUUGGUACUUCGUCCUAAUCCAGAUGCUAAUGAGAGUCAAGUUUGUCUGUACAUUAUACAGCUGCUUUUACUAAAAGGGUCUGAGCUAAGGAACAGGGCACAAGACUUCGUUAAAGAAAACUCACCUGAACAUUGGAAACAAAAUAACUGGUAUGACAAACAUAUGGCGUUUCAUAGGAAAUAUCCAGAAAAAUUCGCCCCUGAAGAGUCUAACAGUACUUAUGGAGGUCCUAUACCGGUAUACCUUAGCAACGUGUGUCUACGAUUUAUUCCUGUUUUGGAUAUAGUCGUGCAUAGACACUUAGAGAUACCGCAAGUCAGCAAAAACUUAGAGCAGUUGCUAGAACAUCUUGGUUAUCUCUACAAAUUCCAUGAUCGUCCGGUGACCUUUUUAUACAACACCUUGCAUUACUAUGAAACGAAACUCAGGGACAAGCCACUUUUGAAGAGGAAACUCGUAACUGCAGUGUUAGGAUCUUUGAAGGAAGUGCGACCAUCCGGAUGGGCUACCACUGAAACCUUCCAGGGCUACCUGUCCAAGACAGAGGUAGAAGCGACGGGUUGGUCGCCAGAUCUCAACUACUACUUGAGCUUGAUCAACAGAAUGGUGGAUACAAUGUCUGGCGUACCACAUUUCCCCACAACGGAUUGGAGAUUUAACGAAUACCCUAACCCUUCAGCGCACGCCCUCUACGUGACGUGCGUAGAACUGAUGACACUGCCGUUAACACCAAACUUUGUUGGUAACAGUCUACUGGACGUUAUCACCAAGGGAUUCGUAGUUAUACCUGCAACGAAAAUUCAACUUUGGAUAAACGCAGUUGGGUUGAUAAUGGCUGCUCUGCCAGAUCCAUAUUGGACGGUGCUACACGAUCGCAUUUUAGAGUUAAUAUGUCAUAGUGAUAUGACCGAGUGGCCUUUUCCACACACGCCCUUUCAGCUGUUCAACUUUACGACCACUAACGAUUCUAUGUUAGAGAACAGAUACAGUUUGACUUUGGCUUUGGCUCAUGCAAUUUGGUACCAUGCAGGAUCGGGACAAAUAAUGCAAGUUCUCCAGUUCGUAAAAGAGAAACUGGCACCUGAAAUUCACACAGAAGUACAGUUAUUGUUCCUCUGCCACCUAGUGGGUCCGUUUUUACAGAGGUACACGGAUAUAUCGAGGGCUGUUAUGGAUAUUACGAUCACAUUGUAUGAACUGUUGGCGCAUAUCGACAAGGCCCAGCCCCAUCUACAGUACAUUGAUCCAAUAUGUGAUUUGUUAUAUCAUAUAAAAUACAUGUUCGUGGGUGACACACUCAAAAACGAAGUGGAGGGAGUAAUACGGAAGCUACGGCCGGCAUUGCAGAUGCGAUUGAGAUUUAUUACGCAUCUAAACGUGGAGCAGAUCAACACCGCCUAG